AUGGGCACGAUUGUUUACCGGAAGAUGACCCUGAAAGAGGCGAAAUGGAAGUUUCCCGAGCUAAGAAAGGUGGUGCGGAUGGGGGGGGGGUGUAGCCCGGUGGAGGUGCCUGUGACCUACGGCGAGGUGCCUGGUGCUUCUGAUGCCGAUGUGCGGGAGCGGGAUGAGGGAGCUGAGCGGGCUACCGUGGACAGGCCGACACCGGAGGAGUGGAAUGUUGACGUUCAAUGGGAAGACGUGGAAGAGCUAUGGAGUUAUGAUGUGCACCCGACGCUAGAAGAAAGAGGGGCAUCCUAUGACCCCGACCGACGUGGCGAGGGAGCUUGGAGCCCACCCAACACUGGGCCGGUUGACCACUCCGGCUUGUACUGGGGUAGGAGAUACCCCCCUUCGCUGCGUCAGAGAGGGGUGGGGCAAGGACCAAUGCCAUAG